CCAUUGCACCAAUUAGAAUCGAUCAGAUUACCUCUUCUGGUUCACAUAUACGGUCUACAAACACGAAUAAAACGACGGUAUGGAAUUACAAGAGUGAAUAUAAUACCAGGAACACACUACUAGUCCUCGUCUCCUCGACUGAUGCACCGGCCCGAAUAGAUUGUUUCUCUUGGUUCAUGAUGAACAUUAUAUCGGCCAUCCGGGAGCCAAUGUUGUUGUGGGGUCCACACCGCAGGUGUAUGAGUUCAUGCUUCUUACCUUAAGUAGCCCGGCUACGAAAGACGCGUCUAGCUAUAGAUCGUCUGUAACAUUUUAAGACCAGAGUAUCAGUUUAACAGAGUUCAAAAACUCGUAGUGCAUCAGUGAUGCUCAGAUACACAUCGUAAACUCACCAGGACUUCAUUCUAAGUCGCCAACAUGGAUGAGAUCACAGAUGGAUUCAGGAAGAUUGACUUCCAUCAUCCAUAUACACCGUAUGACGUCCAAGAGCAGUUUAUGAGGACCGUAUAUGAAGUCCUCGAGCAAGGAGAGGGACAAAUCGGCAUCCUUGAAAGUCCAACCGGUACAGGGAAAUCUCUAUCUCUUAUAUGUGCUGCUCUUACCUGGCUGCGUAAUCAUAAAAGGUCCAAGUUUGAGAAUUCCGUUGCCAAAGCAGCUGAAGAGUUCAAAGAUGAACCCGACUGGAUUGUCAAUCAGAUGCUAAAAAGGAAACGAGAAGAGAUGCUCAAGCAGUGGGAGGAGAGAGAAGCACGUCUGAAGAAAAUAAGAGCCAAAGAGAAACAGCAAGAGGAGAGGGGAACCAAGCGAAGAAGGGUAGACGAUGACAGCGCUAGAAAAAGUAACAAGACUGUCGAUGACGAAGACGAAUGGCUCUUAGACGACGGUCAGGACGAAGAUGCAUCUCAUGGCGAUGAUAACCUGUCAGGGUACAGCAAGGAGACGAGGAGCCUUAUGGGAAAACUAGGCAUGGGAACCCUUCAGACGAAGGAAGAGGAAGACGACAUGGGAGGAAAUGAGAUCAAGAUCUAUUACACAUCGAGGACGCACUCACAGUUGACGCAAUUUAUCGCAGAGUUACGCCGACCAACUUUUCCAGCAUCCCUACCAGGCUCUCUCCUCAAUGAUGACCAUGACGCAGACUCUGAAGAUAUCAAGCACCUCCCAUUAUCCUCUCGCCAAAGGCUCUGUAUUAAUCCUGCCGUGUCCCGCCUUGGUUCUCUUGCCGCCAUCAAUGAUCGCUGCAGCGAACUUCAACAACCAAAGUCCAAGGAUAGGUGUCAGUUCGUACCCAACGCAGAUAACCUAAGCCUCACGCAUCAGUUCCGAGAUAACGCACUUGCUACUCUUCCGGAUAUCGAGGACCUUUUUGAACUCGGAAAGAAACUUCACGUCUGUCCAUACUACGCUUCGAGAACUGCGGUGCCUGGCGCGGAAAUUAUUACGCUUCCUUACCCAUUACUCUUGCAAAAGACCGCUAGAGAUGCUCUCGGUAUAAAACUUGAGGGCAAUGUAGUCAUUAUCGACGAAGCUCAUAACAUCAUGGACGCGGUGGCAAGCGUAUAUGCUUCUGAAGUGAGCCUUAGCGAGUUGAAACGAGCGAGACAGAUGCUGGGAGUAUAUGUGAAGAAGUUCGGAAAGAAGCUCAAGGGUGAGAAUCGAGUUAUGGUAGGACAAGUUGCAAGAGUUGUAGACGGCCUAAGAGAUUGGCUAGAAAGCGCCUUAGCAUUGAAAAAUGAACAAGGGAUAGUCGACCCCAAUGUCCUUCUCAGGUCUAAAGGUAUCGACCAGAUCAACAUGUACAAACUCAUCCAGUACAUACAGGACUCAAAGCUAGCGUACAAGAUUGAAGGUUACGUCGCGCAAGCCGAAUCCCAGAGUACCGAUAAUACUUCACCUAAAGCCUCUUCGACGCCUGUGCUACACACUCUCCUAUCGUUUCUGGUCUCCUUAAACAACCUCAGCUCGGAAGGCCGGAUCUUCUAUCACAAGGUUUCACAAAGUGACGUAAAACUAUCAUACCUCCUCCUCUCUCCCACACAUGCAUUUUCCUCUGUCGCCUCUAGCGCGCGAGCCGUGAUUCUUGCCGGCGGCACCAUGUCACCCUUUGAGGACUACACCGCACACCUCUUCCCAGACUUAGCAAAAAGUAAAAUCACGACGCUAAGCUGCGGUCACGUCAUUCCGUCCUCGAACCUCUGCGUCUGGACGCUAGCUUCCUCGGGACCAAGGCGUGACGCCAGGACCACGGAGUUCGAAUUCAGCUUCCAGAAGCGUAGCGAUAAGUCGAUGAUUCGCGACCUGGGCGUCGCCAUCCUGAACAUCUGCACCGCCGUCCCCGAUGGCGUCGUCGUGUUUUUCCCCAGCUACGGAUACCUCGAGGAAGUAGUGGCCACGUGGACCGAAGCUGCUAGCGCCGGACAGGCCCCAUCCCUCUGGGAGAAGCUGCAGGCUAAAAAAGCCGCAUUCCGCGAGACCAAGGGCGGUUCCAGCGACGAGGUCCUGGAGCAAUACACGCAAGCGAUCCUUGGCGGCGGCGGCGGCGGCGGCAGCGAAGCCGAGUCGACGGCUGACGAGCGCCACCGCGCCCAAAGCAGGAACGGGGCGCUGCUGCUGAGCGUGGUGGGCGGGAAGAUGAGCGAGGGCAUAAACUUCUCCGACCGCCUUGGCCGCUGCGUCGUCGUUGUCGGCCUGCCCUACCCCAACAUCCACUCCCCGGACUGGAAGGCCCGGAUCGAAUAUAUCGAGUCGACGACGCUCGCGCGCCUAAAGGCUGCUGCUGGCGACCCGAACGCGUCCGCGCCGAGGGCUGAGGACGUCGCGGCGGCCAAGCAGGCCGCGCGCGACUUCUACGAGAACGCGUGCAUGCGCGCGGUGAAUCAGAGCAUCGGCCGCGCGAUCCGGCACCGCAACGACUAUGCCGCGAUCGUCUUGGUCGACAGGCGCUUUGGCACAGAUCGGAUAAAGGGAAAAUUACCUGGUUGGAUCCGGGGAGGAUUGGUCGAGGGGAGCGAGAGUGCGGGCUUAGGUCAGAUGAUGGGGAAGCUAACCGGUUUUUUUAGGGGUAAGAAAAAGGGUGAGUGAGAUUAUAGCUUCGAUCACCAACGCUGUUUGUUUGGUGUCACUGCCUACCCAGCUUAAGGUCACUUUUUAGGGUAAGGUAAGAUGAGAAGGGAUGAAUUAGCUCUGAAAUUAUACCUACAUAGAGCUACGGCUUAGAUGUAGGCUCUAACAACUAUUUGUAAAGUACAGUAGUUCGCGGGUUUGUCCCUGUCUCGGUAAUCUGCAGUUGCACCAAGUAAGAAAAGCUGUUACUCUAUACAUG